GAUAUCUCAAGAGCCGUAAAACAUUCAAAUAAGAAAUUCGUUAAAAUUGACAAGCCCCCUGUAUGCCAAAAAUUACUACAGAAAGGAAAGAGAUACAGAUUAGUUUGCGAGCCAGAAGCGGAAAUCACUCCAGAGGAAAUUGAAUUUGUUGAUGGAUCUCUCCUGAAACUAAAAAGUUACAUCGAAGUCUAUUUGGAGAAACCUGAUGACUUCACCUUGUCUUUGGUUGAGCUGGAGUCUGACGCGACCGUAUGGAAAGCAAAACUAAGAGAGAGUGACUGGAUACACUACGAUCAGAACAAAAACGAGCAGAAGAGAAGCGCAGUCAGUGUCAAAAAACGGAAACCAGCCCUCAGCAUUUUGGAAGACGAGCUGUGUAGCAAAAAGCAAAAGACCAGCAAUACUGCAGAUGGAAUUGAAACAAAAAACUUAACUGAUCAACAGCUGAUGGUGAUCGCAAAGUUGUUUGGUAGGCAGUGGAGAGAAAUUGCCAUUGAGUGUCUCCAGAUGGAAAUGAAAGACAUUGAGCAGAUUCAGGCAAUGGAGGAAGAAGUUAACAUGCAAAAAUUUCUGGUGUUAAGCAAGUGGAGAGACAGAGAGCAAAGCAACGGAACUGCAGAAGCUUUGUACAGAAGUCUCCAUGAAAAAGCGUCCUAUGAGAUACUGCAGGCCCUGCAAGCAACCCGGCUGCAAAGGGUGGAGAGCCGCUCCUGCGCCCUCGCUCAUCCGACCCUCACAAACCUGCCGGUUUCUCGGCUCAGUGCUGAGCUGGGGAAGCCGCGGCUAGAAGGAGCGCGGCGGGUGCUUCCCCCGCGAGAGGGCCCCCGGGGGGCCCCCCCCCCCCCAGCCGCUACACGUCCCCGGCAUCUCGCCGAGAUUCGGGAAGGAAGACGCAUCAUCACUCAGCGGAAAGAGCGAUUACUCACGCGGUGGAUCCCGGCGUCGCGGCCGGGCGCGCUGGGCUUCACGUACGGGGAAGCCCAGCCCGGCCACCCCAGCUUUGCCUCCUUUGAACCGGGCCUCAAAGAUGUGAACACUGGAAGAAACCAGUGGACCUUGUUCAG